AUGUCGUGGAAAGUAAGCACUACAUCAGUGCGACUAGGUCGCAACUCCGGCAUCAUCAACCAGGGAAUUUCCGCGGUGGCAAUUGGAAUUGACGCUGGAACUACAGGCCAGAAUGAAUUGGCUAUUGCCAUAGGAAGUUCGGCUGGAACUACAGACCAGAGUGAAUUGGCUAUUGCCAUAGGAAGUUCGGCUGGUGAGAAUACGCAGGGUGCGUACGGUAUCGCGAUCGGGCGACGGUCGGGUAAAAUCAACCAGGGGACGGAAACCAUUGGUAUCGGGUUUAGCGCGGGUGAGUAUGACCAGGGUGACAAGGGAAUUGCUAUAGGUAAUGAAGCUG